CUGUGGAGGGCUGCAAAAGGCCAGGGGGGGUUGAAGUGCACAAUACUCAACUGAGGAAAAUUCAUCUUGUCGUGGGAGGAAAAGUAACCAGCAACCAUGGGGGACGGUGAAAUGGCCCAAUUUGGCCCAGCUGCCAUUUACCUUCGUAAGCCUGAGAAGGAGAGAAUUGAGGCCCAAUCCAAGCCCUUUGAUGCAAAGACUGCUUGCUAUGUGGUUGACAAAGAGGACUUGUACGUCAAGGGUACAAUUAAAAAGAGGGAAGGAGGCAAAGUCGUUGUUGAAACGCUUGAAACCAAGGAGGAAAGGACAGUGAAGGAAGACGAAGUCUUCCCCUUAAAUCCUCCCAAAUACGACAAAAUUGAGGACAUGGCCAUGAUGACCCACCUCAAUGAAGCCUCCGUCUUGUAUAACCUCAAAGAGCGUUAUGCAGCAUGGAUGAUCUACACCUACUCAGGACUUUUCUGUGUCACUGUGAACCCCUACAAGUGGCUCCCCGUAUACGAUCAAGCAGUGGUGAAUGCCUACAGAGGCAAGAAGCGUGUGGAGGCCCCACCCCACAUCUUCUCUGUCUCUGACAACGCAUUUCAGUUCAUGCUUCAAGACAGGGAGAAUCAGUCUGUCCUGAUCACCGGAGAAUCUGGUGCUGGAAAGACUGUAAACACCAAGCGUGUCAUCCAGUACUUUGCAACAAUUGCAGUGGCUGGUGGCAAGAAGUCAGAGCCACCAGCCAGCAGUGGAAAAAUUAAGGGCUCUCUUGAAGACCAGAUCAUUGCCGCCAACCCACUGCUGGAAGCUUAUGGUAAUGCCAAGACUGUGAGGAAUGACAACUCUUCACGUUUUGGUAAAUUCAUCAGAAUUCACUUUGGCACUUCUGGAAAACUGGCUAGUGCUGAUAUUGAGACUUACCUGUUGGAGAAGUCUAGAGUGACAUUCCAGCUUCCUGAUGAGAGAGGCUACCACAUCUUCUUCCAGAUGAUGACCAACCACAAGCCUGAAAUUAUAGAAAUGUCCCUCAUCACUGCCAACCCCUAUGACUUCCCAAUGUGCAGUCAGGGUCAGAUCGCUGUGGCCAGCAUUGAUGACAAAGAGGAGUUGGAUGCCACAGAUGAUGCCAUUGACAUCCUGGGUUUCAGUAAUGAGGAGAAAGUCACCAUUUACAAGCUGACUGGUGCUGUGCUCCAUCAUGGCAACAUGAAAUUCAAGCAGAAGCAGCGUGAAGAGCAGGCUGAGCCUGAUGGCACUGAGGAUGCUGACAAAGUCGCUUACCUCCUGGGCCUGAACUCUGCUGACAUGCUGAAGGCUCUGUGCUACCCAAGAGUGAAAGUCGGAAAUGAGUUUGUCACCAAGGGUCAGACUGUACCACAGGUCAAUAACGCAGUGUCGGCCUUGUCCAAGUCCAUCUAUGAGAGGAUGUUCUUGUGGAUGGUCAUCCGUAUCAACCAGAUGUUGGACACUAAACAGCCAAGGCAGUUCUUUAUCGGUGUGCUGGAUAUUGCUGGCUUUGAGAUUUUCGAUUUCAACAGCAUGGAGCAGCUGUGUAUCAACUUCACCAAUGAGAAAUUACAACAGUUCUUCAACCACCACAUGUUCGUUCUGGAGCAAGAGGAGUACAAGAAAGAGGGAAUUGUUUGGGAGUUUAUUGACUUCGGCAUGGAUUUGGCCGCUUGCAUUGAGCUUAUAGAAAAGCCUAUGGGUAUCUUUGCCAUCCUUGAAGAGGAGUGCAUGUUCCCCAAGGCCUCUGACACCACUUUCAAGAACAAGCUGUAUGAUCAGCAUCUUGGCAAGACUAAGGCCUUUGAGAAGCCCAAGCCUGCUAAAGGCAAGGCUGAGGCCCACUUCUCCCUGGUGCACUAUGCCGGCACUGUGGACUACAAUGUUGGUGGAUGGCUGGACAAGAACAAGGAUCCACUGAACGAUUCUGUUGUGCAGUUGUACCAGAAGUCGGGAGUAAAACUCCUGCCUGUCUUGUACCCACCUGUUGUUGAGGAGUCUGGUGGUGGUGGUAAGAAGAAGAAGAAGGGUGGCUCCAUGCAGACAGUGUCAUCACAGUUCAGGGAGAACUUGGGCAAACUGAUGACCAACUUGAGGAGCACCCAUCCUCACUUUGUGCGUUGUCUGAUUCCAAAUGAAAUUAAGAAACCAGGUCUGAUGCAGAACUUCCUGGUCAUCCACCAGCUCAGGUGCAAUGGUGUGCUGGAGGGUAUCAGAAUCUGCAGAAAGGGUUUCCCAAGCAGAAUCCUCUAUGGUGACUUCAAGCAGAGAUACAAAGUGCUGAAUGCCAGUGUGAUCCCUGAUGGUCAAUUCAUUGAUAACAAGAAGGCUGCUGAGAAGCUCUUGGGAUCCAUUGAUGUUGACCACACCCAGUACAUGUUUGGACACACAAAGGUGUUCUUCAAAGCUGGCCUGCUGGGUACCCUUGAGGAGAUGCGAGAUGAGAAACUGGCUACCCUGGUCACAAUGACUCAGGCUCUCUGCCGUGCAUACCUGAUGAGGAGGGAGUUUGUCAAGAUGAUGGAAAGGAGGGAGGCUAUCUACACCAUCCAGUACAAUAUACGCUCAUUCAUGAAUGUCAAGACCUGGCCAUGGAUGAAGGUUUACUACAAGAUUAAGCCCCUACUGAAGAGUGCUGAAACUGAAAAGGAGCUGGCCAACCUGAAGGAGAACUAUGAGAAACUCAAAGAUGUCCAUGCAAAGGUUGAGGCCAAGAAGAAGGAGCUUGAGGAGAAGAUGGUGGCUCUGGUGCAAGAGAGGAAUGACCUGGCACUGCAAGUGGCCUCUGGAAAUGAGGGUCUCAAUGAUGCUGAGGAGAGGUGUGAGGGUCUUAUCAAAAGUAAGAUCCAGCUCGAGGCCAAGCUUAAAGAGACAACCGAGAGACUGGAGGAUGAAGAGGAAAUCAAUGCUGAGCUGACUGCCAAAAAGAGGAAACUGGAAGAUGAGUGCUCUGAGCUCAAGAAGGACAUUGAUGAUCUGGAGCUGACUUUGGCCAAAGUGGAGAAGGAGAAACAUGCCACCGAGAACAAGGUCAAGAACCUAACUGAAGAGAUGGCCUCCCAGGAUGAGUCCAUUGCUAAGCUAACAAAGGAGAAGAAAGCCCUACAAGAGGCCCAUCAGCAGACUCUUGAUGAUCUUCAGGCAGAGGAAGACAAAGUCAACACUCUGACCAAAUCCAAGACUAAGCUUGAACAGCAAGUGGAUGAUCUUGAGGGUUCCCUGGAGCAAGAAAAGAAGCUCCGUAUGGACCUUGAGAGAGCCAAAAGAAAGCUUGAGGGUGAUCUGAAGCUGGCCCAGGAGAACAUAAUGGAUCUGGAGAAUGACAAGCAACAGUCUGAGGAGAAGCUGAAGAAGAAGGACUUUGAAACAAGCCAACUUCUUAGCAAGAUUGAGGAUGAACAAUCACUGGGUGCUCAGCUACAGAAGAAGAUCAAGGAGCUUCAGGCCCGCAUUGAGGAACUGGAGGAAGAGAUUGAGGCUGAGCGUGCAGCUCGUGCCAAGGUUGAGAAGCAGAGAGCUGAUCUCUCCAGGGAACUUGAGGAAAUCAGUGAAAGGCUUGAGGAGGCUGGUGGUGCCACUGCUGCUCAAAUUGAGAUGAACAAGAAGCGUGAGGCUGAGUUCCAGAAGCUGCGUCGUGACCUUGAAGAGUCCACCCUUCAGCACGAAGCCACUGCUGCAGCUCUCCGUAAGAAGCAGGCCGACAGCGUGUCUGAGCUGGGAGAGCAGAUUGACAACCUCCAACGUGUCAAGCAGAAGCUUGAGAAGGAAAAGAGUGAAUACAAGAUGGAAAUUGAUGAUCUCGCCAGCAACAUGGAAGCUGUUGCUAAAGCUAAGGGAAAUCUGGAGAAGAUGUGUCGCACCCUUGAGGACCAACUCAGUGAAACCAAGGCCAAGAGUGAUGAGGCUGCCCGUCAGGUCAAUGACCUCAGUGCACAGAGAGCAAGACUUCAAACUGAAAAUGGUGAGCUUGGCCGCCAGGUUGAGGAGAAAGAUGCUCUUGUGUCUCAGCUGACCAGAAGCAAACAGGCCUUCACUCAGCAAAUUGAGGAGCUGAAGAGACUGAAUGAAGAGGAAGUCAAGGCCAAGAAUGCCCUGGCCCAUGCUGUUCAGUCUGCACGCCAUGACUGCGACCUCCUGAGGGAGCAGUUUGAGGAAGAGCAGGAGGCUAAAGCUGAACUGCAGCGUGGCAUGUCCAAGGCCAAUAGCGAGGUUGCUCAGUGGAGGACCAAGUAUGAAACUGAUGCCAUCCAACGUACUGAGGAGCUUGAGGAAUCCAAAAAAAAGCUUGCCCAGCGUCUGCAGGAGGCUGAGGAGCAAAUCGAGGCUGUCAACUCCAAGUGUGCCUCUCUGGAUAAGACCAAGCAGAGACUCCAGGGCGAGGUUGAGGAUCUCAUGAUUGAUGUAGAGAGAGCCAAUGGUCUAGCUGCCAACCUUGACAAGAAGCAAAGAAACUUUGACAAGGUCCUGGCAGAAUGGAAGCAAAAGUACGAGGAGGGUCAGGCAGAGUUGGAGGGUGCCCAGAAAGAGGCUCGUACUCUCAGCACUGAGCUGUUCAAGAUGAAGAACUCCUAUGAGGAGUCUCUUGACCACCUGGAGACCCUGAAGAGGGAGAACAAGAAUUUGCAACAGGAGAUCUCGGACCUGACUGAGCAGCUUGGUGAGACUGGAAAGAGCAUUCAUGAGCUGGAGAAGGCCAAGAAGUCAGUUGAGACUGAAAAGUCUGAGAUCCAGACAGCCUUGGAGGAGGCUGAGGGAACUCUCGAGCAUGAGGAGUCCAAGAUUCUUCGUGUCCAACUUGAACUCAACCAGAUCAAGGGUGAGGUUGACAGGAAACUUGCAGAAAAGGAUGAGGAGAUGGAGCAGAUCAAGAGGAACAGCCAGAGGGUGAUUGAUUCCAUGCAGAGCACUCUGGACUCUGAGGUCAGGAGCAGGAAUGAUGCCCUAAGAAUCAAGAAGAAGAUGGAGGGAGACCUCAAUGAGAUGGAAAUUCAGCUGAGCCAUGCUAACCGCCAGGCUUCUGAGUCCCAGAAACAACUAAGAAAUGUGCAGGGUCAACUCAAGGAUGCCCAACUGCACCUUGAUGAUGCUGUCAGAGGACAAGAAGACGGGAAGGAGCAGGUUGCCAUGGUGGAGCGCAGGAACACCCUGAUGGUGGCUGAGAUUGAGGAGCUCAGAGCUGCCCUGGAGCAGACAGAGAGAGGCCGCAAAGUGGCUGAACAGGAGCUGGUUGAUGCCAGUGAGCGUGUUGGCCUCCUGCACUCUCAGAACACAAGUCUGAUUAACACCAAGAAGAAGCUUGAGGCUGACCUGGUUCAGGUCCAAAGUGAGGUUGAUGACAUCGUCCAGGAGGCUAGAAAUGCUGAGGACAAGGCCAAGAAAGCCAUCACUGAUGCUGCCAUGAUGGCAGAGGAGCUGAAGAAGGAGCAGGACACCAGUUCUCAUCUGGAGAGGAUGAAGAAGAACCUGGAGGUCACUGUGAAGGAUCUGCAGCACCGCCUGGAUGAGGCUGAGAAUCUGGCCAUGAAGGGUGGCAAGAAACAACUCCAGAAACUGGAGUCCAGGGUUCGUGAGCUGGAAGCUGAGGUUGAGAAUGAACAACGACGUGGUGUUGAUGCUGUCAAGGGAGUCCGCAAAUACGAGAGGAGGGUGAAGGAACUCACCUACCAGACUGAGGAGGACAAGAAGAAUGUCACCAGACUGCAAGACCUGGUUGACAAGUUGCAGCUGAAGGUCAAAGCCUACAAGAGGCAGGCUGAGGAAGCUGAGGAGCAAGCCAACGGUUACCUGUCCAAGUUCAGGAAGGUUCAGCAUGAGCUAGAGGAGGCUGAGGAGCGUGCUGACAUUGCUGAAUCCCAGGUCAACAAGUUGAGAGCAAAGAGCCGUGAUUCUGGAAAGGGCAAGGAGGCUGCAGAACCAGCAACCAUGGGGGACGGUGAAAUGGCCCAGUUUGGCGCAGCUGCCAUUUACCUUCGUAAGCCUGAGAAGGAGAGAAUUGAGGCCCAAUCCAAGCCCUUUGAUGCAAAGACUGCUUGCUAUGUGGUUGACAAAGAGGACUUGUACGUCAAGGGUACAAUAAAAAAGAGGGAAGGAGGCAAAGUUGUUGUUGAAACGCUUGAAACCAAGGAGGAAAGGACAGUGAAGGAAGAUGAAGUCUUCCCCUUAAAUCCUCCCAAAUACGACAAAAUUGAGGACAUGGCCAUGAUGACCCACCUCAACGAAGCCUCCGUCUUGUAUAACCUCAAAGAGCGUUAUGCAGCAUGGAUGAUCUACACCUACUCUGGACUUUUUUGUGUCACUGUGAACCCCUACAAGUGGCUCCCCGUAUACGAUCAAGCAGUGGUGAAUGCCUACAGAGGCAAGAAGCGUGUGGAGGCCCCUCCCCACAUCUUCUCUGUCUCUGACAACGCAUUUCAGUUCAUGCUUCAAGACAGGGAGAAUCAGUCUGUCCUGAUCACCGGAGAAUCUGGUGCUGGAAAGACUGUAAACACCAAGCGUGUCAUCCAGUACUUUGCAACAAUUGCAGUGUCUGGUGGCAAGAAAGCAGAGCCACCAGCCAGCAGUGGAAAAAUUAAGGGCUCUCUUGAAGACCAGAUCAUUGCCGCCAACCCACUGCUGGAAGCUUAUGGUAAUGCCAAGACUGUGAGGAAUGACAAUUCUUCACGUUUUGGUAAAUUCAUCAGAAUUCACUUUGGCACUUCUGGAAAACUGGCUAGUGCUGAUAUUGAGACUUACCUGUUGGAGAAGUCUAGAGUGACAUUCCAGCUUCCUGAUGAGAGAGGCUACCACAUCUUCUUCCAGAUGAUGACCAACCACAAGCCUGAAAUUAUAGAAAUGUCCCUCAUCACUGCCAACCCCUAUGACUUCCCAAUGUGCAGUCAGGGUCAGAUCGCUGUGGCCAGCAUUGAUGACAAAGAGGAGUUGGAUGCCACAGAUGAUGCCAUUGACAUCCUGGGUUUCAGUAAUGAGGAGAAAGUCACCAUUUACAAGCUGACUGGUGCUGUGCUCCAUCAUGGCAACAUGAAAUUCAAGCAGAAGCAGCGUGAAGAGCAGGCUGAGCCUGAUGGCACUGAGGAUGCUGACAAAGUCGCUUACCUCCUGGGCCUGAACUCUGCUGACAUGCUGAAGGCUCUGUGCUACCCAAGAGUGAAAGUCGGAAAUGAGUUUGUCACCAAGGGUCAGACUGUACCACAGGUCAAUAACGCAGUGUCGGCCUUGUCCAAGUCCAUCUAUGAGAGGAUGUUCUUGUGGAUGGUCAUCCGUAUCAACCAGAUGUUGGACACAAAACAGCCAAGGCAGUUCUUUAUCGGUGUGCUGGAUAUUGCUGGCUUUGAGAUUUUCGAUUUCAACAGCAUGGAGCAGCUGUGUAUCAACUUCACCAAUGAGAAACUGCAACAGUUCUUCAACCACCACAUGUUCGUUCUGGAGCAAGAGGAGUACAAGAAAGAGGGAAUUGUUUGGGAGUUUAUUGACUUCGGCAUGGAUUUGGCCGCUUGCAUUGAGCUUAUAGAAAAGCCUAUGGGUAUCUUUGCCAUCCUUGAAGAGGAGUGCAUGUUCCCCAAGGCCUCUGACACCACUUUCAAGAACAAGCUGUAUGAUCAGCAUCUUGGCAAGACUAAGGCCUUUGAGAAGCCUAAGCCUGCUAAAGGCAAGGCUGAGGCCCACUUCUCCCUGGUGCACUAUGCCGGCACUGUGGACUACAAUGUUGGUGGAUGGCUGGACAAGAACAAGGAUCCACUGAACGAUUCUGUUGUGCAGUUGUACCAGAAAUCGGGAGUAAAACUCCUGCCUGUCUUGUACCCACCUGUUGUUGAGGAGUCUGGUGGUGGUGGUAAGAAGAAGAAGAAGGGUGGCUCCAUGCAGACUGUGUCAUCACAGUUCAGGGAGAACUUGGGCAAACUGAUGACCAACUUGAGGAGCACCCAUCCUCACUUUGUGCGUUGUCUAAUUCCAAAUGAAAUUAAGAAACCAGGUCUCAUGCAGAACUUCCUGGUCAUCCACCAGCUCAGGUGCAAUGGUGUACUUGAGGGUAUCAGAAUCUGCAGAAAGGGUUUCCCAAGCAGAAUCCUAUAUGGUGACUUCAAGCAAAGAUACAAAGUGCUGAAUGCCAGUGUGAUCCCUGAUGGUCAAUUCAUUGAUAACAAGAAGGCUGCUGAGAAGCUGUUGGGAUCCAUUGACGUUGAUCACACCCAGUACAUGUUUGGACACACAAAGGUGUUCUUCAAAGCUGGUCUGCUGGGUACCCUUGAGGAGAUGCGAGAUGAGAAACUGGCUACCCUGGUCACAAUGACUCAGGCUCUCUGCCGUGCAUACCUGAUGAGGAGGGAGUUUGUCAAGAUGAUGGAAAGGAGGGAGGCUAUCUACACCAUCCAGUACAAUAUACGCUCAUUCAUGAAUGUCAAGACCUGGCCAUGGAUGAAGGUUUACUACAAGAUCAAGCCCCUACUGAAGAGUGCUGAAACUGAAAAGGAGCUGGCCAACCUGAAGGAGAACUAUGAGAAACUCAAAGAUGUCCAUGCAAAGGUUGAGGCCAAGAAGAAGGAACUCGAGGAGAAGAUGGUGGCUCUGGUGCAAGAGAGGAAUGACCUGGCACUGCAAGUGGCAUCCGGAAAUGAGGGUCUCAAUGAUGCGGAGGAGAGGUGUGAGGGUCUUAUCAAAAGUAAGAUCCAGCUUGAGGCCAAGCUCAAAGAGACAACUGAGAGAUUGGAGGAUGAAGAGGAAAUCAAUGCUGAGCUGACUGCCAAGAAGAGGAAACUGGAAGAUGAGUGCUCUGAGCUCAAGAAGGACAUUGAUGAUCUGGAGCUGACUUUGGCCAAAGUGGAGAAGGAGAAACAUGCCACCGAGAACAAGGUCAAGAACCUAACUGAAGAGAUGGCCUCCCAGGAUGAGUCGAUUGCUAAGCUAACAAAGGAGAAGAAAGCCCUCCAAGAGGCCCAUCAGCAGACUCUUGAUGAUCUUCAAGCAGAGGAAGACAAAGUCAACACUCUGACCAAAUCCAAGACUAAGCUUGAACAGCAAGUGGAUGAUCUUGAGGGUUCCCUGGAGCAAGAAAAGAAGCUCCGUAUGGACCUCGAGAGAGCCAAAAGAAAACUUGAGGGUGAUCUGAAGCUGGCCCAAGAGAACAUCAUGGAUCUGGAGAAUGACAAGCAACAGUCUGAGGAGAAGCUGAAGAAGAAGGACUUUGAAACAAGCCAACUUCUUAGCAAGAUUGAAGAUGAACAAUCGCUGGGUGCUCAGCUGCAGAAGAAGAUCAAGGAGCUUCAGGCCCGCAUUGAGGAACUAGAGGAAGAGAUUGAGGCUGAGCGUGCAGCUCGUGCCAAGGUUGAGAAGCAGAGAGCUGAUCUCUCCAGGGAACUUGAGGAAAUCAGUGAAAGGCUUGAGGAGGCUGGUGGUGCUACUGCUGCUCAAAUUGAGAUGAACAAGAAGCGUGAGGCUGAGUUCCAGAAGCUGCGUCGAGAUCUUGAGGAGUCCACCCUGCAGCAUGAAGCCACUGCUGCAGCUCUCCGCAAGAAGCAGGCCGACAGUGUGGCUGAGCUGGGAGAGCAGAUUGACAACCUCCAACGUGUCAAGCAGAAGCUUGAGAAAGAAAAGAGUGAAUACAAGAUGGAAAUUGAUGAUCUCGCCAGCAACAUGGAAGCUGUUGCUAAAGCUAAGGGAAAUCUGGAGAAGAUGUGCCGCACCCUUGAGGACCAACUCAGUGAAACCAAGGCCAAGAGUGAUGAGGCUGCCCGUCAGGUCAAUGACCUCAGUGCUCAGAGAGCAAGACUUCAAACUGAAAAUGGUGAGCUUGGCCGCCAGGUUGAGGAAAAGGAUGCUCUUGUGUCUCAGUUGACCAGAAGCAAACAGGCCUUCACUCAACAAAUUGAGGAGCUGAAGAGACUGAAUGAGGAGGAGGUCAAGGCCAAGAAUGCCCUGGCCCAUGCUGUUCAGUCUGCACGCCAUGACUGUGACCUCCUGAGGGAGCAGUUUGAGGAAGAGCAGGAGGCUAAAGCUGAACUGCAGCGUGGCAUGUCCAAGGCCAACGGCGAAGUUGCUCAGUGGAGGACCAAGUAUGAAACUGAUGCCAUCCAGCGUACUGAGGAGCUUGAGGAGUCCAAAAAAAAGCUUGCCCAGCGUCUGCAGGAGGCUGAGGAGCAAAUCGAGGCUGUCAACUCCAAGUGUGCCUCUCUGGAUAAGACCAAGCAGAGACUCCAGGGUGAGGUUGAGGACCUCAUGAUUGAUGUGGAGAGAGCCAAUGGUCUAGCUGCCAACCUUGACAAGAAGCAAAGAAACUUUGACAAGGUCCUGGCAGAAUGGAAGCAGAAGUACGAGGAGGGUCAGGCAGAGUUGGAGGGUGCCCAGAAAGAGGCUCGUACCCUCAGCACUGAACUGUUCAAGAUGAAGAACUCCUAUGAGGAGUCGCUUGACCACCUGGAGACCCUGAAGAGGGAGAACAAGAAUUUGCAACAGGAGAUCUCGGACCUGACUGAGCAGCUUGGUGAGACUGGAAAGAGCAUCCAUGAGCUGGAGAAGGCCAAGAAGACUGUAGAAACUGAAAAGGCUGAGAUCCAGACAGCCCUGGAGGAGGCUGAGGGAACUCUUGAGCAUGAGGAGUCCAAGAUUCUUCGUGUCCAACUUGAACUCAACCAGGUCAAGGGUGAGGUUGACAGGAAACUUGCAGAAAAGGAUGAGGAGAUGGAGCAAAUCAAGAGGAACAGCCAGAGGGUGAUUGAUUCCAUGCAGAGCACUUUGGACUCUGAGGUCAGGAGCAGAAAUGAUGCCCUGAGAAUCAAGAAGAAGAUGGAGGGAGACCUCAAUGAGAUGGAAAUUCAGCUGAGCCAUGCUAACCGCCAGGCUGCUGAGUCCCAAAAACAACUGAGAAAUGUGCAGGGUCAACUCAAGGAUGCCCAACUGCAUCUUGAUGAUGCUGUCAGAGGACAAGAAGACGGGAAGGAGCAGGUUGCCAUGGUGGAGCGCAGGAACACCCUGAUGGUGGCUGAGAUUGAGGAGCUCAGAGCUGCCCUGGAGCAGACAGAGAGAGGCCGCAAAGUGGCUGAACAGGAGCUGGUUGAUGCCAGUGAGCGUGUUGGCCUCCUGCACUCUCAGAACACAAGUCUGAUUAACACCAAGAAGAAGCUUGAGGCUGACCUGGUUCAGGUCCAAAGUGAGGUUGAUGACAUUGUCCAGGAGGCUAGAAAUGCUGAGGACAAGGCCAAGAAAGCCAUCACUGAUGCUGCCAUGAUGGCAGAGGAGCUGAAGAAGGAGCAGGACACCAGUUCUCAUCUGGAGAGGAUGAAGAAGAACCUGGAGGUCACUGUGAAAGAUCUGCAGCACCGCCUGGAUGAGGCUGAGAAUCUGGCCAUGAAGGGUGGCAAGAAACAACUCCAGAAACUGGAAUCCAGGGUUCGUGAGCUGGAAGGUGAGGUUGAGAAUGAACAACGACGUGGUGUUGAUGCUGUCAAGGGAGUCCGCAAAUACGAGAGGAGGGUGAAGGAACUCACCUAUCAGACUGAGGAGGACAAGAAGAAUGUCACCAGACUGCAAGACCUGGUUGACAAGCUGCAGCUGAAGGUCAAAGCCUACAAGAGGCAGGCUGAGGAAGCUGAGGAGCAAGCCAACGGCUACUUGUCCAAGUUCAGGAAAGUUCAGCAUGAGCUAGAGGAGGCUGAGGAGCGUGCUGACAUUGCUGAAUCCCAGGUCAACAAGUUGAGAGCAAAGAGCCGUGAUUCUGGAAAGGGCAAGGAGGCUGCAGAGUAAAUCCUGUGAAAUCUUCUGCCUUGUUAUUCAGCUGGAUUAAUAUCCUGAUUACUGUGGCUAUUUUUUAACUACUACAUAAUAAACAUAUUUUCAUUUCA